AUAAACGACGCCGUAUUAAUAGUUGAGUAAACGACGCCGUGAUAAGGCGUGUUCACUGUGCUGGAGAAGAAACAGGUUUCGAAGACGACGAUGACGACACAGGAGCUAGCGAUGGAAGGAGAGAAGCAUUUGGAAGAAACUAUUGAAGCGGCUUUUCAGAUAAUUUCAGCCAUGAAUGAUGAGCUUUGUAAUCCUUCUUUGUGGUCUACUUCAGCUACCCCGAGUUCCGCCGCGACGGCGACGGGUUCUAAUGGUUCGGCUCUCGUUUCUGUCGAUGCGGCUGCGAUUGAUGGAACAUCGCAUCAUUCGGAAUCUGGUGGUGGUGGUGGCGGCGGAGGAAGCGGAAAUAGUGUUUUGGAUGAGGCGAGUCUUCGGUAUAAGAACUCAGUGACUUCGCUUCGUGCUGUUCUUGCUGCGAUUCCAAAUUCGCACAAGGCAAAAGCAUCUGAAAUGGAAAAUGGUUUCGGAUCUCCUGAAAGUGAAGACGAAAUCGAAAAGUUGGAAGAGCAAGCCUUAAGUCUCAGAAUGGAGAUUGCAAAGAAGAAUGUUCAUGUCAAAGAACUUAUCGAUAAACUUCGGGAACUUAUAGCAGAUAUCUCUACAUGGCAAAGCCCUUGUUCUGUUUGAGUUUGAUUUUUUUGACAAUAGUGAGAUCAGUUUAGACAAAGAUUCAAAGUCUUGUUCUUGAAUUCCUCAUUGAUGUCUUAGUUUUAGAUAUUUGUUGUUUUGAUAUCAUGAAGCCUAAAAAAUUUCAAAGAUGACUUUGUAUAUAAAAUUAUUUCAGACAAAACCUUCAAAAUCUGUGUCUGUUUUUCUU